ACGGGUGUUGAUGAGCAGAUGAGGGCUGGCGUGGGUGGAGCGCUAAUGUUUUUAUCAUAGCUCUGACGAGGUCCCGUAGCUAAGUUAGCUUCAGUGGCGUCGUUAGCAACUGCAUUGCUAGGCUUCGACAGGCGGCACAGCAUUAACCGUGUGGUUACAGGUCCAGUGUUUGUUUCGGUGUCUCCUGAUAGUAGUAUUGUUGAUUUUCUGUCUAUCCUUCCAGUCACGGGCUUAUUUCUUUUGUUUCUAUAUGCAUUUAAGCACGAUGCUAUCACGUUAGCUCCGUAGCUAAAGUGCUUCGCCGAUGUAUUGUCGUGGAGAUAAGUCACUGUGAAUGUCCAUUUCGCGUUCUCGACUCAUUUUCAAGAGGAUAUAGUAUCCGAGGUGGUUUAAAAUACAAAUCCGUGAUCCGCAAUAGAAAAAGGAGAAAGUGUGGAAUCCAAUGAGCCCUUUUACCUAAAUUACGGUAAGAGCGAAAAAAGAUACGUCCUGCACUGCACUGUAGUCCUUCACUCUCACGUUCCUCAUCCAUGAAUCUUUCAUCCUCGCUCAAAUUAAUGGGGUAAUCGUCGCUUUCUCGGUCCGAAUUGCUCUCGCUGCUGGUGUAAACAAUGGGGAAAUGUGAGGAGCCUUUCAACCUGCGACGUCACGCUACUUCCGGUACAGGCAAGGCUUAUUUUAUCAGCGACCAAAAGUUGCGAACUUUAUCGUCUAUGUUCUCUACUAAAUCCUUUCAGCAAAAAUAUGGCAAUAUCACGAAAUGAUCAAGUAUGCCACAUAGAAUGGAUCUGCUAUCCCCGUUUAAAUAAAAAAAAUCAUUUCCUUUAGGCUACAAUAUAAACUUAAAUAGUACUUUAGUUUUAGAACUACAGCUGUGAAUCUGUCACGAUUCUGGCGUUCGAAACUAUGCUAAAUUAGCAAUGAUCUCUAUGGGCUUUUGAAUGGACACAUCCGCAAUGCUGCCAAACCCAACUCAAAUGAUUGAAAAGGACAUGUUGACUCACCGCUGAAUGGAAGUCUAGUAGAGACAAAGUACAAUUUCAUCCAUUUACCAUGAAUUGAUUUACGUGGACCCCGACUUAAACAAGUUCAAAAACUUAUUCGGGUGUUACCAUUUAGUGGUCAAUUGUACAGAAUAUGUACUGAACUGUGCAAUCUACUAAUAAAAGUCUCAAUCAAUCAAUCAAUCCAUGAAGAAGUUCAGUCCAUCAAAGUAGAACAAACACCUCAAAUGAGAUGAGACCUGAUUGCAGAGAUUGACAGGGUGGUGUUGAAUAAAAGGGGGAAGUUAUAAUGCAUGUAGUUCACCAGCUGAUCAAGUCCAGAAUAUGCUCUUUUCGUGUGCAGUGUUGGGUUAGUUACUGAAAACCAGUAACUAGUUACAGUUACUAGUUACUUUAUUUCAAAAGUAACUCCGUUACUAACUCAGUUACUUACACCAAAAAGUAAUGCGUUACUGUGAAAAGUAACUAUUAGUUAUUUAUUUUUUUCUCCUUUUUUUUUAUUAAGGCCCUUUUAGCCUUCAUUUCAGUACUGUUAUUGCACUGGAGAAUAAUACAAUCUGUUGAUCAACUUGACAUGCAUUUGCAUCACUGAACUCAGAAAGCAAUGUGGUCUACAUACAACACACAAACAAUGUGGUCUACAUACAACACACAAACAAUGUGGUCUACAUACAACACACAAACAAUGUGGUCUACAUACAACACACAAACAAUGUGGUCUACAUACAACACACAAAUAAUGUGCUCUACAUACAACACACAAAGACAAAGAUAUGUUUCAAAGGGCCAAUUUAUUUCAGGCCAGAACAAAUUGACAAAACUAUUUUAAAUAGCUGCAACAUAAUGGCACUUUAACUUUAAGUAGAAAGGAUCUUUGAUCCAAGACACAACUUACAUUUAACUAAAAUAUUAUUUUCUUUGUGCUCUACAAAAGAAAAGUAUUGAGAAUGUCUCCAUGUUAAGAAACUCGACUUCUGGCUUCACCAUGAUGUCUUGUUAUGAGAGUAGCGUGUGUGUGUGUAUGUGUGUGUGGCCCUUUAAGAUAUGACAGCAUGUAAAGGUGAGUGACGUCAGUGAGUGAGUGGGCGAGAGAGGUGAGGGACCGGCGACAGUGAGUGCAUGCAGGUGCUCUAGCUUGGUGGAUGGCUGCGUCCAAUAAAGUCACAAAGUUGCAACAAACCGCCGGCCUCGUCAUUCACCCUCAGCUGUAAAGACCCACUUCCGGGUAAAGUGAAGGUUGUUAGCCCCGAAGUACAUAGGCCCUGGGGGAACGUCUCCCCUGCGCCCCUCAACUACGCUCUGGGAGCACCCACCCCCACCCCCCACACAAAGCACGCCUCUUCUCUGCACGCCUCUUCUUUUCCUUGUGACACAGAAGGACGACACCGCAGCGCUGCAAUAAAACACACUAAGAUCGUCUGUUUCUAGCCGAUACUACAUAAAAAAUAACGUAAAACAACACAGUAACGCAUUAUGUAGUAACGGUAACUGAGUUACUGAAUAUAAAAAAAUAACGCGUUAGAUUACUAGUUACCGCCGAAACUAACGGCGUUACAAGUAACGCGUUAGUCCCAACACUGUCGUGUGUUGGAAAUGGUUGUAUGGAUUGAAAGUAGAACUGUCCAAACAUGAGGACAAGUCUUUGUUCAGAGGUGCUAGACAAAGUUGGAGCAGGCAGACUAAACUCAGAACCUGACAAAACAUUUAGAAGCCAGGAACUAAGGUUGUGCAACAUAAAUCAUGAAUUUGGCCAGCGAUACAUUUACAGGGUGAUUCAAAAAAGAAUACGCCAAAAUUAUCACUCGAUAUUUCAAAAAUGAAAAAUAGAAAACCUCGCUUGAACACGUGUUGUACAUAACUGAGUAUUUAUUUCCUGCUUUACAAGUGCUCAAUAUGGCCACCACCGGCAGCACGGACAUCAAGACAAGAUGAGAAUUCCUCCCAAACGCACCCCAGGAUGUUGUGAUCCACUUCUGCUGUUAUUCGCCAUUUUGAGGAACCUCUUCGCCAUGGACCUACGCAGUGCCCACAAGGCUCCGGACAAACCUCCGCCUCGGCUGCGCCUCUCCCUCACCCGCGCCAUGAGCACGGACGUGGACAGCGGCGAGCGUGGAAGCCAGUACUGUCGCUCGGCGAGGAGAAGGAGGAGCAAGCAUCGGGUGUCCAAGCGGAUGUCCGUCGCAAAGAAGACGGCGGACUGGGAAGACACGAGCGAAGAAGAGAAGCAUGAGUUGGUGGGAUGUGAAGACAGCUUGUAUGGUCAGUCCGAGUGCAGCUCGCUGCCCGCUUUGGAGCGACAGGAUUUGGAGAUUGAGGCGAUGGAGGAGAGCGCCGACAUGUGCGACCAAUCAAACGACGAGGUCUCAAGGCUGGAGGAAGGAGCAGGAGACACGGUUGUGCCAGGCAGGGACACGGGUGAGGAGGGGGCGGAGUCACGGCCGGAGAGUCCGUGCUCGGCGAUGGCAAGCGGUGAGAUGGCGGGUGAUAAUCAUUGCGUUACCAUGACGACGGAAGGUGACCCGACUCCUCCGGGUGCAGCGGAGCACCUUAGGAAGGUGACCGAGACAAAAGUGACCAUCAAGUCGCUGACGGUGACGUUCAAGGAGGCCGACGAUGCCGAGGGCUUCUUUAAAGGCGGUUAGGAAGAAGACACAGCUGGUCGGUAACAAUAAUCUGACUUGCCACUCAUUUUGUAAAACGUGUAAAAAGUCAUGUUUAUGAUGAGACUCUCUUCCUGCUGAGAAGACAUUAUUGCCUUUGACUCCAAAAAAGGUCAUUUUUAUUAUUUAUGAGGCAACUGGAGGGCGAAGGAAAAUGUGUAAAAGUUAAGUUUGUGAGGCAGCAAUCAAACACACUACUUCUUCCAUGCAGCUACUUUUUACUCACUCGUCCUCAGUGCUUUCCAGCAAGUCACCAUCACUCCAAUACUGUUAUCUUCUCGCCGGCCUCUUUCCAGCGGCCCGCUUUUUCCUACAAAUACCUUUUUUGUGAAGACAAGUUUAUUUCUGUCUCACCAGAAAUAAAACAAAGAAGUAAUGACUGCUGCUGCUCAGAUGACGUUCUUGCAUUUAAAGGAAGGAGGAUGCGCACAAAAAAGGAGCAAUGUUGUGUUUGCUGUCUGUUUUAAGUACUAUAAAUGCUACUUGGUUCUAUUUUUGUACUACCAGUUGAUAGUCCACUCUUUACACUGCUAAAAAGAGGAGAUCUCAUUUUGCACUGCUGCUGUUUAUGCUUUGUAGAUUAAUGUACACCAAGCCAGAGUACAUUAGAUCAGACAUAGUGAGCCUUUAUUUAUUGCAUGUUAAAUGUAUAAGCUGAAAUAACUUGUGUGUCUGAAUCAUGUCUUCUCUUGGAAAUGAACCUUUAUUUCGACAGCAUUUCCAAUAAAUAUGUACUCAAGUAACUUUGUUUAAUAAAAGUUGUUUUAUGUACAAC